AUGGCGGCAGCUGAUCUGAUGGUGGUCAUCGUUGUUAUUUUCUUAGAGAGGAUAAAUUACAUCUACUUGUUUGCUAAUUUCUUACUCAUAACUCCGGCGUGUUCUCUGUUACUUGUACUGAGUCACGCAAGCAGGGUCUGUUCCGUUUGGUUGACGGUUGCUUUCACUUUCGAUCGUUGUGUCGCCAUCUGCUGUGAGAAGCAGCGGAACCGAUAUUGCACCAAGAGAACAGCGACUGUGGUGGUGGCAACCGUGAGUGCAGCGUGUUGUGCCGAGGCCAUUCCAUUUUACUUUGCUGUCGAUCGAUGGAGUUGUGUCCCCGUAGCUGAAUACUACACAUCACCCCUGUGGAAAGCUUACGAGAUAUUUGACAGCAUCACAACACCGUUACUACCAAUCUGUUUAAUUCUGCUCUUUAAUAUUUCCACCGUCAAGCGGAUUAUAGCGACAAAUAGAGUUCGCCAGGUGCUUCGGAACAGCAGCGAAAAUCGUAGUGAUCCAGAGUUGGCAAACCGAAGGAAGUCAAUGAUUCUGUUGUUCGCUCUUUCAGUAAAUUUUAUAUUACUUUGGAUGCCCUACGUCGUACAUUCAAGGAACUGGCAAAUAGAAAACUAUUCCUACACAGACAGAUAUUUGAGCAAACCGACCUAUAUCCUGCAGCAAUGUGGGUUUAUGUUGUCUUUUCUCAGCACCUGCACCAACACGUGUAUCUAUGGACUGACACAGAGAAAGUUCAGGGAGGAGCUAAAAAAUGGAGUGAAGUAUCUGUUUGUAGCAACGGGAGAGAUUUGUAAAUAA